CCUCAUUUCCAGUUAAGAUGGCGGCCGUGCGAGCUCUACGAUCGGUGGUUGGGGCUGAGGGGCUCAGGCUGCGCCUCGGCGUAGGGAGGACCCUGCUCCGACAGGUAACACAGAUUUGUGUGCACCAUUAUAGAUGUCGUAGUAAUACCCAUUUCCUGAAACCAGAAUAUCCUACAUUUAACAAAUCAUCUGUUCAACUCAACGCACAAUCAAAAUUUUUGAGAACCUCUACUGCUGUUACUGGCCAAGUUGUUCAGUUUAAACUUUCUGAUAUUGGCGAAGGGAUCACGGAGGUUCAUGUGAAGGAAUGGUAUGUAAAGGUAGGAGACACAGUGUCACAGUUUGACAGCAUCUGUGAAGUUCAGAGUGACAAAGCAUCAGUUACAAUAACAAGCCGAUAUGAUGGUGUGGUUCGAAAAAUUUAUUACAGCGUGGAUGACACCGCUUAUGUGGGCAAACCACUGAUUGAUAUAGAAACAGAAGCUGUAAGAGACGUUGUACCGGAGCAAGAUGUUGUUGAAGCUCCUGCAGUCUUGAAUGAGGAACACACGCACCAGGAGAUAAAGGGGCAGAAAAUAUUGGCAACACCAGCUGUACGCAGACUCGCCAUGGAGAACAAUAUAAAGCUAAGUGAAGUGGUUGGGACUGGAAAAGAUGAACGAAUCCUCAAAGAGGACAUACUGAACUACUUAGCUAAACAAACUGGGGCCAUUUUACCACCAUCACCUGAGAUUAGUCCACCUCCACUAGAAUCAGUUCUAUCAAAACCUAAAGGGACACCACCGGUUCCUAAACCAAUAACUCCAACGUUGGCAUUUACUGGAAAAGAUAGAACUGAGCCAGUUAAAGGGAUCCAGAAGUCUAUGGUAAAGACCAUGACCUUUGCUCUGAAAAUUCCUCAUUUUGGCUACUGUGAUGAAGUGGAUUUAACUCGUCUCGUGAUGCUACGAAAAGAGCUGAAAGCUGUGACUGAAGAUCGAGGGAUCAAGCUCUCUUUCAUGCCAUUCUUUCUAAAGGCAGCAUCUUUGGGUUUGCUACAGCAUCCUAUCCUAAAUGCUUCUUUGGAUGAAAACUGCCAAUUUAUAACUUAUAAGGCUUCCCACAACAUAGGCAUCGCUAUGGAUACGCAGCAAGGUCUAAUUGUUCCAGUUGUUAGGAAUGUACAAGUCCUUAGUGUCUUUGAGAUUGCAGCAGAAUUAAAUCGGCUCCAGACUUUGGGCUCUGCCAAUCAGCUGGGUACAAAUGACCUUACUGGAGGGACAUUUACUCUUUCCAACAUUGGCACGAUUGGUGGCACCUAUGCUAAACCUGUUAUACUACCUCCAGAAGUAGCUAUUGGAGCUAUUGGAAAAAUACAGGUCCUGCCACGAUUUAAUGAUAAAGGUGAAGUGAUCAAGGCUCAAAUCAUGAAUAUAAGCUGGUCAGCUGAUCACCGGAUUAUCGAUGGAGCCACGAUGGCCCGAUUUUCAAAUCUUUGGAAAUCCUAUUUGGAGAACCCUGCAUCCAUGCUGCUAGAUCUAAAGUAAAAAAAGGUCAUUGAUAAACAACAACUUACUUCAACAGACCAGCUUCAAGAGAAAUAGGUUUUAUUUCAAAGUGAUUUAUAAAUGCUGCCACGGUUUUCUGUCAAUUUUAAAAUUCUGAUCAGUGACUUGUCUAAAGCAGCAGUUUAUAUUUGGUAGAAGUCAGAUUUUGGUUCUUUAGUUAAACUAAAUGGUGGAAGGGGUAUAAUUCUUGCAGGGUGAGGUUUACAUUAACUGUCUUCUCGACUUCCCCUCCUUUUAAAUUCUCUCCCUGUCUCCCCUUCCCAAGAAAAACAAAAGGUAGUUAGGUCAUUGUGAAAAGUUAGUAUUGUAGCAUCUAGCUUUAACUGUAUAAACACAUGCCAUAAUUCAAUCAAAGCGGUUUGCAGUCUAAUUUGUUUCUUAUCCCUGUGCCUUGGAGCACUGAAGCCUUUUUUAAACUUGCAGUAUACACUUGCUGCCUCUGUUACACGAUGGCUGCAGAAGUUUUACAACCAAUUAUGGAAUAUUAGAUGUGUUCAGAACCAUAGCAUGUUAAUAAUUUGCACUGUUUUAAUAAAGCAGCCCCAAUGUUAUUAAUUACAUUUUGGUGCAGAAACACUACUCGGUGCUUGAAGCAUUCAUGUAGUUUUAUUUAACUGACAAUUUCCAGGUUCUGAUUUGCUGAGGAACGUUAUAUUCCAACAUUUAAUUUAAAGUUUAAAUAUCAUGUGCAAAAUAUCUACAAUAUAUAAUUGUUCUGAUCUUUUAAAAGAUUGGUCACAAUAAAUAUUUACUGUGAAAUAACA